AAUUCGGGGCUUGGUAGAAAGUGAUGUAGUCUCCAAGAAGGAACCUAGUGCACUCAGAAACGAGACAGUCACACAGUGAAGGCAUAUCCGAGACUGAUAAGGUAUUGAUGGGGUCAGAAAGAUACCACAAUGAACAUGAGGAAAGCAAAGACAGGGAAGGAAGAAAACGCACCUCGCUUAGACGUCUACGGAUUACACAUACACCGCAAAACACGACCAGUAUCGUCCACACCUCUGUGUAAUGCCUCUUGGUAUGACGCUCCAUCCCGUUUCUUCGUCCGGCAGAUAUCUUGGGCGUGCAUCGAAGGGAUGGUUUACCUGUUGACGAAACGAUAGGUGAAUUAUCAGUUCGUGUGGUCUUUGGCGCCUUCCUGUGUUUCCUUGCUCUUCGUCCUAAGCUCGCGAGGAAUUUGCAAUCAUCAAUUCGAGAGAUCUAGAGUCCAUUUCCAAAGUGGCGUUGACAAAAUAGAUUCCGAAAGGCAUGGCCUGUUUCGAAGGUGCUCGAGUCAAAAAUCCGUAAAGACUGGGGCUGUGAGGACGAGCUAAAGAACCAGGCCGGGGGUAGAAGUACUGGUCGACUUUAUUCCCUUCUGCAAUUGUUCAAUGCUAGUGAUGUGCGACAAAAUGAAGGCGUUGUAUCCA